UUUGGCCGCAAUGCACCUUGCCUUCCGGCGGCACCGCUGAUGCGCCCGCGACAACCUCCUUCGUCUUCACGCUGCGAACCGCCGCCUGUCUGCACGCUUCAUGCUUCAUGCUUCAUGCUUCACAGCACGACAUGGAGUCCGGCGGCGCACAAUGCGGCAGUGGCCUCAUCGCCUCCGACAUCAAGUCAUCCAUCGUGCUACCCCGUCGCCGCAUCAAAGCCAUCGCCACCUGGCUGCUCAACCACCACCCCAUCCACGGCCGCCCCGUCGUCGCCCGAGCGCCGCCUCCGUCGUACGCCGUCAUCCGCGUCGUCUGCAUUUCCGACACGCACAACGCGCAGCCGGACCUGCCCCCCGGCGACAUCCUCGUCCACGCGGGCGACCUCACCGAGAACGGCUCCUUCGCCGAGCUCGACGCGCAGCUCGCCUGGCUCGCCGCCCAGCCUCACCCCCACAAGCUCGUCGUCGCCGGCAACCACGACGUCCUCCUCGACGACGCGUUCCUCGCCCGGCACCCCGCCCGCCGCUACGGCGAUGCGCGUACCAAGGCCGACCUCCCGCUGGGUCCGCCUCUGACCUACCUGCAGGACUCUUCCGCGCGGGUCGGCGUUGUCGACCGCCCCGGUGCUGAGAAGGCGCUCCUCGUAUACGGCAGCCCCUGGACGCCGGCGUACGGUGUUUCCGCCUUUCAAUACGCUCGCCAUGAAGACCCCUGGAAUGGUGCCGUUCCGGACGGAGUCGACGUGCUGCUCACCCAUGGGCCGCCCCGGGGACACCUCGACCGUCGUGACUUUCACGACGCUGGUUGCAGCUACCUUGCCGCCGAGGUGUUUCGCCUGCGGCCGCGUCUUCACGUCUUUGGUCACAUCCACGCCGCGCGCGGUAGGGAAGACUUGGUACUCGAUCGCGCCAGGAGAAUACAUGACGAGGUCUAUGCCGGCUGGGCAGGCUGGCCCUCUGUGCUUUUACUGGCGGUAGAUGUGCUGCUCGCAAACAUGCAAUGUCUGCUCCUGGGCAGGGAGCGAAUGCUAGCAAGACAACGCGUGACAACAUUCGUCAAUGCCGCCACCGUGGGCGGACCACACAACGACAUCGUCAACGAAGCCAUCGUAGUAGAGCUUUGA